CAGCAAUUCUUCAUUCAUCAUGCCCGGGGCGCCAUCCAUUCACUUUGUCAAAGACGAGUCGUUUGGCGUGGGCGGCGAGCAUCACCACGCGACCAACGACGACGAUCGAGCCUUGAUACACAAUAACUUGGUGCCACGGUCCGACAUAUCAUCGUAUAAGUGUAUCCCGGGGGUGGGGUUGUUCACAGGUCGGCAAGAUGGCAAACUGCUCAUGUGGAGCUAUGACCACCAAGAUUGCCUUCUCGCUCAAGGCCAAUUAUUUGGAGGACAUGCGGGCCCGGUACUGUGCCUCGAGCUCAUGCAGCGCCACGAUAACUCGCUCUUGUUGUUCAGUGGUUCGGCAGACAGAACGAUUAAAAUUUGGGACCCGACUCACCCCAGUGUGGAUGAGCCAUGCAUACAGACGCUGAAUGCGCACGGUGGAAGCGUGACUGUCGUCAAGAUCGCUGGCACUACGCUCAUAUCUUGCAGCGUCGACCGCACCAUCAAGCUAUGGCAGCCAGAUAAAGGGCGAGCCCUCCUCCUGCACCCAUGGUACAUAUGCACCCAAACUCUGUCGAGUGGCGGCAGCUGGCCAACGUCCGUAUGCUUGCGAAGUGCGGAUUUGGCCAGCACAUACGUGGCAGAUUCUGGGGGCGGGGUGUCUGUAUACACCACAGCGAACAGCCGAGAGCGCGUGGACCCGACAAAUGAAGACCAACUCAAACUCAAGCGGCAGCACGGCCACUUUCAUUCCCUCGGCGUGACUCAAAUCUUGCCCAUUCCUGAUCAGAACCUCGUCGUGACUAUCUCGUUCGACACGAAGGCGCAGGUGUUUGAUGCGAACACGGGCGCUGUGGUCAUGACCAUGGAAAACACUCACCACUGCCGAUACACGGGCUGUGAUUGGGACAAAGCCAACCACGAGCUGUUCAUUGCAGAUGAGAAGGGUCACUUGGCCAUCUGGAGCAUCGAUACGGAGAAAUGCAUGCGUUCCGAGCCCCUCGAAACAGUGUCCAUCCUCGGCGUGACCGUGUUCCCGGGGGGGCACCACGUGCUGGUGCAGCGAGCGAAUGGCGCUACAUUGUACAAAGUGCAUCGGGAUGAAUCUUACGUCGAGUGCCGAGGACACUCUGACGCUAUUAUUGGGGUGGUCGUGGCCACGACCCUCGACUCCGGGGAGUCGACAUUGUUUUCGGCGUCCAUAGACAACACGCUGCGGUGCUGGGACACGUACGACCUCCGUGUGCUCUACGGUUUUGAAGAAAAAGAGGGCGAGCUAAGUUGUAUGGCGUACUCGGCCCCGCACAAUCGACUACUCACGGGGAACGAAAACGGCAACAUCAAGCAGUGGAACGUAGACAAUGGGCAUUUCUUUACGUGUCGGGUGCACCGCAACACUGUCAGCUGCAUUGUGACCGCGAGCGUGGAUGGUCAUGAAUUGUUUAUUUCUGCGGAUUUUGAUGGCGUGAUUUGGAUUUGGGAGUUGAUGGCGGGGCAGGCGCCGAUGCCCCACGUGAAGAUCCAAUCCAAGGAGCCCAACCACGACAACGAGAUCUACUGCCUAGCGUUCAAUGCAGGCACGUACUUGGCCACCACGUCGCAUGGCGCCGCCUUCUUUGCCGCCGGCGACAGCAACGGCGAUAUUCUCUUGUACAGCUUGGAUGACCAAGAACUGCUCACGACACUGAGCAACCACGACAACUCGGUCACGUGUGUGGCGUUCGACGGGUGCUUUCUCUUCUCAGGGUCAGAUGACUGUUCCAUCAAGAUUUGGAACGUGCUCGAUCCCGCCCAGGCGUACGAAGUCGGGUUCAUUCAGGCACAUGCGUUGGCCGUGCGGGACAUCGUGGUGCUGCCGUCCUCGGGGUACAUUGCGUCCUGCGCGUAUGACGGCAAGAUUCGCGUGUGGAACUACCAAGUGUGUGGCUCGUAUGGGCAAUACGCGGCGCUUGUCCACGAGUUUAAGAAGGAUGAGAAACUGCGCUGUUUGACGUAUUGGACCCACAAGCAUGCGAUUGUGUGCGGCACGAGCGACAACAACGUGCUCGUUUUCAAUGUUCCCAUGACGCUGAUCACCCCUGGAUGUACACAUGAAAGCCUCAGUCCAGCGUAACCAGCGUGAAUCAACUCGUAGGAUCAACCAUCUUGACCGACGGUGAUUAGUAUUACGUUUCAGGAAUGGCGUGGGAUUUGGGGUGUGAACAGUGCCACGGAUCGAUGGCAAUUGGAUUGGCUAAAAUUAUAAUACCUAGAUUUCAU